AUGCGAGCUCAUCUCUACAACGACUCCUUAGCUGAGGAAUUCUUUCAUCACCUUCUACAAAUUGGAAAUGGCGCCUUACUGUUGAAUAACAACCUGCAACAGCAUGUAUUGCAAUGUAGACACAUGGUGUCUACAUUGGCUGAACUUAAAGAAAAGGCAUUUCCCACAUUGCAAGACAACUUCAAAAACAAAGCAUGGUUCGUAGAGAGAGCUAUUUUAGCAUCUUGGAAUGAAAGCGUUGAUAAAGUAAACCAUGAACUCCUCCACAUUUUACUUGGAGAUGCUUCAACGUUUGUCUCCAUUCAUACGACCAUCGACGAACAUGCCGCUGUGGAGUAUCUAUUUGAAUUUCUCAACUCUCUACAACUCACAGGACUGCCACCUCAUAAGUUGUUCCUAAAGAAAGGUGCACCUAUCAUGCUUUUGAGGAAUUUGGAGCCACCACGACUAUGUAAUGGUACAAGAUUGAUUAUAACUACAAUAACAAAUCAUGUUCUAGAAGCAACCACUAUAGCCGGCUACCAUCGAGGAGAGAUCGUAUACAUUCCACGCAUGCCCCUUAUCCACUCAAAUGUGCCUUUUCAAUUCAAGCGCCUCCAGUUCCCAGUGCGAUUGUGCUUCGCUAUGACUAUCAACAAAGCCCAGAGUCGAACUUUAAAAAUUGUGUGUCUCAAUUUACAACUACCCUGCUUUUCUCGUGGACAACUAUAUAUCGCAUGCUAUCGAGUUAACAGUGCAGAUGACUUGUAUCUUUAUUCUACCAAAACUGGAUUACGCAAAACAUAA